AUGACUUUCUUCUACAAAAAAAGUUCAUUUAUUGUCUUUUUGAUUUUUACAUUCUUGAUCGUUACUACUUCUGGCGUGAGCAACGAAGUACUUUAUCCUGAAAAAGUAAAACCGCCAAAUGCUGUGCCUAUUGCAAAAUUACCAAGCGAAAAAAAAGAGAAAAAUGAUCAUAAAAAUAAGGAACCGGUAAAGGUGGAUCCGAUUAUCAACGAAUACAUGACAAAAAAGUGA